GUCGUCAAUCAACCUGGCCAGAGCCUGAGUCUCGUUGUGAACACAUAGCUCCAUCCCUAGCCUUGGUUGCUAUCUCAGCGUCCAACAUCUGCAUUUCUUCUGCAGGGCAACCCAACUGGCAUACUCACCUUAUACCUUCAAUUCCUAUAAUAACUUCUUCUUCAACGUCCCACUCAGCGCCUGCUAUUUAGCCAACCCCGACCAUGGAUUACGAGACGCUCAAGGAGCAAUGGAGCGAGGUCGAGGACCGUGAUGGUGUCCGUCUGAGCUGGAAUGUGUUUCCCAGCUCCCGUAUGGAAGCCUCUAGACUCGUCGUGCCCAUUGGCGCUCUCUAUACCCCGUUAAAGGAGAAGCCCGAUACUCCUCUCCUCCAUUUCGAGCCUGUUACAUGCAAACAGCCCUGUCGCUCUGUAUUGAACCCGUUCUGUCAAGUCGAUGUUCGUGCCAGAGUUUGGAUCUGCCCUUUCUGCCUUUCAAGAAAUCAGCUUCCACCGCACUACAAGGACAUUACUGCAAACGCUAUCCCCCCCGAACUUCAUCCUGCGAAUACCACAAUAGAAUAUCGCCUCUCCCGACCUGCGCCUGCGCCCCCGAUCUUCCUCUAUGUCGUCGAUAUGUGCCAGGAGGCUGACAGCCUCGCCUCUUUGAAAGAAUCGCUUGUGAUGAGUUUGAGUCUGCUUCCCGAGAACGCUCUUGUUGGUCUCAUCACUUAUGGCACAAUGGCUCAUGUCCACGAGAUUGGCUACGAGGAAUGCGCCAAGUCCUAUGUUUUCCGAGGCAGCAAGGAAUAUGCUGCGAAACAAGUCCAGGAGAUGCUUGGUCUGUCAUCCUCUGGCGUACGACCCGGCAUGCAACCUCAGCCUGGUCGCCCAUUCCCUGCCGGCCCGGCAUCUCGCUUCCUCCUCCCUGUCCAGCAGGCCGAGUUCCAGCUGACCAAGGCUCUCGAAUCCCUUCAAAAGGACCCCUGGCCAGUUGCGAAUGACAGACGUAACCUUCGAUGCACCGGAGUCGCCCUCAGCGUUGCCGUCGGUCUUUUGGAGUCAUCUUUCCAGAAUGCAGGUGGGCGCAUCAUGCUAUUUGCCGGAGGCCCUGCUACUGAAGGCCCUGGCAUGGUCGUGGGACCCGAGUUGAGAGAGCCUAUUCGAUCCCACCAUGAUAUUGAUCGAGACAACGUUAAGUAUUACAAAAAGGCUCUGAAGUUUUACGAAAACUUGGCCAAACGAACAGCACACAAUGGUCACAUCAUUGACAUUUUUGCUGGUUGUCUGGAUCAGGUCGGUCUCCUUGAAAUGAAGGGCUUAUGCAAUUCAACCGGUGGUCAUAUGAUUUUGACUGAUAGCUUCACUUCUUCUAUGUUCAAACAAUCUUUUGUGCGAAUCUUUGAGAAGGAUGGCGAUGAUAAUCUACUCAUGGGUUUCAACGCAGUGUUGGAAGUUCUGACCACAAAGGAACUGAAGGUCACAGGUCUCAUUGGACACGCAGUCUCUCUCAACAAGAAGUCGAUCUCUGUGGGCGAGACUGAAUGUGGAAUUGGCAACACAUGUUCUUGGAAGAUGUGCGGUAUCGACCCCAAAUCGAGCUACGGAAUCUACUUUGAGAUUGCCGGUCAAGGUCCUGCCACACAUCAACAAGCACCGCAGAAGGGCAUGAUGCAGUUCCUGACGUACUAUCAGCACUCAUCGGGCCAGUUCCACCUCCGCGUCACGACUGUCGCCCGCAACCUGAGUAGCCCUGCUGGGGACCCAGCAAUCGCGCAGUCCUUCGACCAAGAGGCCGCCGCUGUCCUUAUGUCACGAAUUGCUGUGUUCAAGGCCGAGGUCGAUGAUGGCCCUGAUGUCCUACGCUGGGUUGACAGGAUGUUGAUUCGUCUCUGCUCCAGAUUCGCGGACUACAGGAAAGAUGAUCCUUCAUCCUUCCGACUGGAGAAGAACUUCACGUUAUACCCCCAGUUCAUGUUCCAUCUCAGACGAAGCCAGUUCCUGCAGGUUUUCAACAACUCUCCUGAUGAAACAGCCUUCUACCGUCACGUGCUCAACCAUGAAGAUGUCAGCAACUCACUCGUGAUGAUUCAGCCAACCCUGGACUCCUAUACCUUCGACCAGGAUGGCGGCCAGCCAGUUCUUUUGGACUCUGCCUCUAUCCAACCAACUCACAUCCUGCUUCUCGAUACUUUCUUCCACAUUCUCAUCUUCCACGGUGAAACAAUUGCUGAAUGGAGAAAGGCUGGUUACCAAGAUCAAGAAGGUUAUGAGAACUUUGCUGGUUUGUUGGAACAACCCAAGGAGGAUGCUCGCGAUCUCAUCACUGACCGCUUUCCUCUUCCUCGAUUUAUUGUUUGCGAUGCCGGUGGUUCUCAGGCUCGAUUCCUCCUGUCCAAGCUCAACCCAUCUACUACACACACCACUGGCCCAUAUGGUGGUGUAGGAGCCACCACUGCUCAGACAAUUUUCACAGACGACGUAUCUCUGCAGACCUUCAUGGACCACUUGAUGAAGCUUGCUACGUACUGCCAUCUCAAGAAGUCAAUGGAAAAUCAAGUCUUACGAUGGGGCGUAGAUAGUGACGACGCAGUUCUCAUAAGCCCAUGUUCUCCCAAGUUCGAUCCCAAUGAGGUCAAGGUGAUCCACCUCCGCGCCACUGGUGGUGAGGUCGGUGCCUCCUCUGCUCUUGCUCCCAAGAUCGGUCCUCUGGGUCUCUCCCCCAAGAAGGUCGGAGAAGACAUUGCCAAGGCCACUGGCGACUGGAAAGGCUUGCGCGUGACUGUCAAGCUCACCAUCCAGAACCGUCAGGCCGCCGUGUCGGUUGUGCCCACCGCUUCCUCCUUGAUCAUCAAGGCUCUCAAGGAGCCUCCUCGUGAUCGCAAGAAGGAGAAGAACAUCAAGCACAACAAGUCUGUCAGCCUUGACGAGAUCAUCGAGAUCGCCCGCACCAUGCGAUACAAGUCUUUCGCCAAGGAGCUCUCUGGUACUGUCAAGGAGAUUCUCGGAACCGCCUACAGUGUUGGCUGCCAGGUCGACGGCAAGCCUCCCCAGGCUAUUAUCGAGGCCAUUGACAGCGGAGACAUUGACAUCCCUGAGGAGUAAAUGUUUUCUCACGCCCUGUUCAAAAAUCCCACCAGUAUGAGAAACAAAAAAUAGACUCAUUGAUCGAUGGCAGCAUGACAAAUCAUUUCCGUCCAGUCCUUGUGAUAUUCUUCGAACUUGU